UUCGACGUCUAUUCCGUUCAAAUGGGUCAUUUAAUCACUCUGGCAACUUGCUCUCUCAACCAAUGGGCGUUAGAUUUUGAAGGAAAUCUCAAGCGUAUAUUAGAAAGUAUCCGUGUGGCGAAAGAAAGAGGCGCAAAACUACGUGUAGGUCCUGAACUCGAAGUAACUGGCUAUGGCUGUCAAGAUCACUUUUUGGAAGGCGAUACAUAUUUACAUGCCUGGGAGGUUUUGGCUGAGAUCAUUCAAAGUGAGGAAGCAAAGGAUAUGAUUUUAGAUAUUGGCAUGCCCAUCAUGCAUAAAUCUGUGAAAUAUAAUUGUCGUGUCAUCAUCGCCGACGGUAAGAUUGUAUUGAUUCGUCCCAAGAUGUUUUUAGCCAAUGACGGCAACUAUCGUGAGCUGCGUUUCUUUACUCCUUGGACACCAAGAAAGGUCGAGCAAUAUUACCUUCCUCGUAUGAUUUCAAAAAUCACCAAACAGGUAUUGGUUCCCAUUGGUGACUGUGUGAUUAGUACUUUGGAUACUUGUAUUGGUUGUGAAACAUGCGAAGAACUGUUUACACCUGCCAGCCCUCACAUUACAAUGGGUUUGGAUGGUGUAGAGAUUUUCACCAACAGCAGUGGUAGCCACCAUGAAUUGCGUAAAUUGAACACUCGUAUUGAUCUCAUCAAGGCUGCUACAGCCAAAGUAGGUGGUAUUUAUUUGUAUGCCAAUCAACAGGGCUGUGACGGCGAUCGUCUUUAUUAUGAUGGUUGUGCUAUGAUUGUCAUGAACGGCGAAAUUGUAGCUCAGGGGUCUCAAUUUUCUCUGAAGGAUGUUGAGGUUAUAACUGCUACCGUCGAUUUGGAGGACGUUCGUUCCUAUCGUGCUCGCGUUGCUAGUCGUGGUAUUCAAGCUCAAGGAACGCCUGCUUACCGCCGUGAAGAAGUAGCCAUGUCGUUAAGCCACGACCAUAUCGUGGACGACAUUCAUGUGAGACCGACUAAAACUCGAGAGCCUUUUUAUCACACUCCAGAAGAAGAAAUUGCUCUGGGCCCGGCUUGUUGGUUGUGGGAUUAUUUGCGUCGAUCCAAGACAGCAGGCUAUUUCUUACCCUUGAGUGGUGGAAUUGACAGUUGUGCCACGGCGACCAUUGUAGCUUCCAUGUGUCGUUUAGUUGUGAAAGAAGCAAAGGAGGGUAAUCAGCAAGUAUUGGAAGACGCUCGUCGUUUAGCCGGCAGAGAUGAACACUACAUACCUACUGAUCCUCGUGAAUUCGCUAAUCAUAUUUUCUAUACAUGUUACAUGGGCACCGAAAACUCCAGCAAAGAAACUCGUAAACGUGCCAAAGAUUUAGCUGAGGUUAUAGGUAGUUAUCAUACUGAUCUCAAUAUGGACAGUGUUGUGAAAUCAAUUCACGGACUGUUUUCCCUUGUUACUGGUAAAACACCUAAAUACCGCGUCCAUGGCGGUUCGAACACGGAAAACCUGGCUCUUCAAAAUAUUCAGGCGCGUUUACGUAUGUUGCUGGCCUACCUGUUUGCUCAAUUACUCCCUUGGUGUCGCUCCAUCAACGGAGGUUUGUUGGUUUUGGGUAGUGCCAACGUUGAUGAAAGUCUCAGAGGUUAUUUGACCAAAUACGACUGUAGUAGUGCUGACGUGAACCCUAUCGGUGCUAUCUCCAAGAAAGACUUGAAACGAUUUAUUGCUUACGCCCAACGAACAUUUGAUAUGCCCAUUUUGGGUGAGUUCUUAGAUGCCAUUCCUACUGCCGAAUUAGAACCGAUUACAGAAACCUAUGUUCAAUCGGAUGAAGCAGAUAUGGGUAUGACUUAUGAUGAUCUUUCAUGUUAUGGUCGUUUGCGUAAAAUCCAUCGUUGUGGUCCUUAUUCUAUGUUUACAAAAUUGGUGCAUGAGUGGGGUGAGACAUCACAGCCUACUGAAGUAGCUGCCAAAGUGAAGCGUUUCUUUUUUUAUUACUCCAUCAACAGACACAAAAUGACAACCAUCACCCCGUCUUACCAUGCUGAAGCCUAUAGUCCCGAUGAUAACCGUUUUGAUCUACGACCCUUUUUAUACAACGCUUCUUGGAAGUGGCAAUUUGAGAAGAUUGACCGUGUCGCACAAGAAUUAGAAAGACAAGCAAACGAAAAAGAACUGAAUAGUCAAGUCGAAUAGAAGCAAAUGCACUUUAUUGCUAAAUAAAGCUAUCAUUUUUAUUAUGUCUGUUUACGCUUUAAAAACGUUCUUUGUAUAUCAAAUUGAG